GUUGGGAGGCUGCUACCGGAGCCGGUCCGCUGGGCGGCGGGCGCCAGGGCUGGAGGGGCUCGCGUGGCGGCGGCGGCCCAGCGUGAAGGCGCGGAGUCGGCCAUGGCGGGCAAUUUCGACUCGGAGGAGCGGAGUAGCUGGUACUGGGGCCGCUUGAGCCGGCAGGAGGCGGUGGCGCUAUUGCAGGGCCAGCGGCACGGGGUGUUCCUGGUGCGGGACUCGAGCACCAGCCCCGGGGACUAUGUGCUCAGCGUCUCCGAGAACUCGCGUGUCUCUCACUACAUCAUCAACAGCAGCGGCCCGCGCCCUCCAGUGCCUCCGUCGCCCGCUCAGCCUCCGCCGGGAGUGAGUCCCUCCCGGCUCCGAAUAGGAGAUCAAGAAUUUGAUUCAUUGCCUGCUUUACUGGAAUUCUACAAAAUACACUAUUUGGACACUACAACAUUGAUAGAACCAGUUUCCAGAUCCAGGCAGGGUAGUGGAGUGAUUCUCAGGCAGGAGGAGGCAGAGUAUGUGCGAGCCCUUUUUGACUUUAAUGGGAAUGAUGAAGAAGAUCUUCCCUUUAAGAAAGGAGACAUCCUGAGAAUCCGGGAUAAGCCUGAAGAGCAGUGGUGGAAUGCGGAGGACAGCGAAGGAAAGAGGGGGAUGAUUCCAGUCCCUUACGUGGAGAAGUAUAGACCUGCCUCCGCCUCAGUAUCGGCUCUGAUUGGAGGUAACCAGGAGGGUUCCCACCCACAGCCACUGGGUGGGCCGGAGCCUGGGCCCUAUGCCCAACCCAGCGUCAACACUCCGCUCCCUAACCUCCAGAAUGGGCCCAUUUAUGCCAGGGUUAUCCAGAAGCGAGUCCCUAAUGCCUACGACAAGACAGCCUUGGCUUUGGAGGUCGGUGAGCUGGUAAAGGUUACGAAGAUUAAUGUGAGUGGUCAGUGGGAAGGGGAGUGUAAUGGCAAACGAGGUCACUUCCCAUUCACACAUGUCCGUCUGCUGGAUCAACAGAAUCCUGAUGAGGACUUCAGCUGAGUAUAGCUCAACAGUUUGCUGACAGAUGGGAACAAUCUGUUUUCCCCCCCAAUUGCCAUCUAUACAAUUUUCUUACAGGUGUCAAAAGCAGUCUAGUUUAUAUAAGCAUUCUGUUACCUGUGAUCUUUUUUAAGACUGAAUUACUCCAUUCUUAUUCGUAUUUACCAUAUUCAGGGUACGAAACUGGAGGGCUUGUAUGGUUAACUUCUGAAUUGGCAAUUUUAGGUGGUAGUGGCCAUGCCUGUAUGAGAAGAGGGAAAAUCUUUGCCUCCUUUCCCUUGGGCAGUGUAGAUCAACCUGUGGAAAACUGAUGGUCAGGAAAAGAAUGUUACACACUGCUUACCCUGAUUUCUUCAGCGGUUCUGUUUUCAUUCUGAAACCAUGCUAUCAAAUGGCAGCAGACUGUUCCCUCCCACUGCCAUGAAGUAAUCAUGCACUGUGUGAAUAUUACCCAGUGGGAUUGCAUUUGCAUUUAUGGACCAUGACCAUUGUAUGACUCAUUCUGACAUUUCAAAUCCUGAGGAUUCUGAGAACACUACUAGAGGCAUUUGUCUUCCUUCCCAGUCAAUGCUUCACACUUUUUCUUGGAUUCUUUCCUUGUUAUUCUCUUCCCCUGUACCUGCAAGUGGCCUGAUUCUUAGGAUAAUGAGUAUUCUUCAUUCCAAUUGAGAAGCAGGAUGUGCAGAGCACUUUAUUCAGUGCAUAGCUUUAAGCCAGUAUUGGAUUCACUCAGUGGAUAAACUCCCAGCUCUCUGCCUUCCCCCAAGGGGGCAUCAUAGGUUCACACUGCUACCACAGCUAUGAGACUCCUUGCUGAUGGGACGGAUCCGGCAGGGCCAUUUCUCCUGAUUGCUAGUAUCCUAAUGGGAUACUUAGAGUUCUCAGAUUCUACUUGGAGUGGAAGGACCAAUCACUUACUGUAUCCUGUUGAAGGUAUCAGGGGCCAAACUCUGCCCUCUGCAUCAUGUGCAAGUUGUAUAAAAGGCAGAUUAGAAUUCUGUGCAUUCGGGGUAGGAUUAGUACUUUGAAAACUGUGCCAGUCAUAAAUUACUUGUGUAUCAUUUUACAUGGCCAAAAUAGUUCUUGAAGUACAUUACAUUAUAAAUUGUCUUCAUUUGGGUUUUCUUUUGUCCAGAUUUAGUUUAUAUGCCCUUUAAAAUAUAGAAUGAUUUAUGUGGGGUCAGAUGCUCCAAAGAAUAGGCCUAUGAGGCCACAGAUGAUUUAGGGUUUCUUUAGACUGUAACAUGAGACUUUUGGGCAAUAAAGGCACUUGCUGGUCUCUGGUGUGGUAUGACCAAUAGAAACACCUUAUACUUUGCUUUGAACCUCAUUUUAGAAAAAUAAUACACCUUCUUAGUUGUCCUGUAUAGAUUAAUAUGAUGAAUUUGCAUUCUUUGAACACAUACCAAAUCAUGGUAUUGUAGUGACCAGCACGUUGCUUAGCACGUGUGUAGAAAUUUUGUGUGAAGCCGGGCGGUGGUGGCGCACGCCUUUAAUCCCAGCACUCGGGAGGCAGAGGCAGGCGGAUCUCUGUGAGUUCGAGACCAGCCUGGUCUACAGAGCUAGUUCUAGAACAGGCUCCAAAGCCACAGAGAAACCCUGUCUCGAAAAACCAAAAAAAGAAAAAAAAAAAGAAAUUUUGUGUGAAAGAAUGAGCAGAGUUCAGAAAUUUAUUACAUGGCCCAGGGACAACAGCUGGUAUAGGAUUGCAUACAUUACCACAGGCAAACUAAUCAGUUGAUGCUGAUUUUAAUACAUUUUUACCUCCCUCUAAGGUAAAUGCUUGAUAAAGACAUUAAUAGUUUUGGAGGUGUUGGCACAGUGCUAAGUACAUAGUAGGUGCUCGAUGUUGAGUGGGCAGAUUUGCAGUAUGUUACAUAUUCCACCUGACUAACUUGGUUCAGCUUUCAGUUAGUAGUAUAGAUACUGUAAAUCCCAAUGGACAUUAAAUCUUGUUUUCCUAAGCCAGGCGUUAGGCCCUUUAGUCCCAGCACUCAGGAGGCAGAGGCAGGUGGGUCUCUUGAGUUUGAGGCCAGCCUCAAACUACAGAGCUAAUUCCAGGACAGUCAGGGUUCCCAAAUGAGAUCUUGUCUCAAAAGCCAAAUGAAAUAAUUUAAAAAAACAAACAAACAAAACAACGCUGUGAAAUUAUGGCAUAUAAAAUAUUUGUAUAAAAUUCUUGUCACAACUGAUUUGAAUGUUUGUAUUUUCUUUUGCCUUUGAUGCUGGCUUGUUCUAUCUCUUCAUUAUGUGUGGUGUUGAUGGGAUACACAGCUCUACGUUGAUCAGAACUCCUCGGUGAUUAGUUGUUCAGAGCCAUUACAUGAAGUUUGGUUGGAUUUGGCUGGGUGUAGCAGUUAUUGGACCUCAAGAGAUCAAAGGACUUCUUACAAAUAUCUUCCAAAAAUAGCAAGUGCGAGAAUCCUAGUCAAGUGCAUAUGUCCAUUGUCCCAGAGCAAAGUAACCUGAAAUUGGCUGCUAUGUUUUAUAUAAUCACUUCUGCAAGAGCCCACUUUUGGAUACUAAUAUUUGACAUGGUUAAUUCUUAUUAAUUUGUUGGAAUUGUUUAUUAAUAUUGCAAAUAGAUAAUUUUAAUUUUCCACAAGUAACAUUUCACUAUUAAUGGUUUGAAGUGGGUGAUAAGCAAACCGAUUUGAAAUAAAAUAUGAACAUGUGCCAUUGUAUUAUAACACUAUACACUUUCUUGACAGUUAAAUUUAAAAAAAAUUUUUUUUUUGUAGCAUGUAUUGUAUAUGUUUAUAGUAUAUGUAGCAAAUAAAAGUAUGGCCAAAUGUUUGGCUUGGUGAUCUUUUGGAGAAAAUAAUCUUGGAAUAUUUGUCACAGAAGAGUGAAACCUUUAUGUUUUAAAGAGUUGAAGGUGUGUCUCAAUUGACCAUCAGUAGUCACAUAAACUGUUAUAUACAUGGUGGGUGCUUAAAGAUGGGGCUAAUCCUUGGGUCUGCUGUGGGGUCUCCAGAAAGUAUGACACUGCUGUGAGGGCAAGGUAAAAACAAUCACCUGUGAAAUCUAAAGCAGCAGCUUGUAAACGACACCAGACUCAGCUGGAAAAGGGUUCUUGUGAGUCUAAGAAGAUGACAAUGUGUAGGAACUCUGUACUUAUACAGCUGGUCUUUAGAAUGUUAGUGUAGGUGCUCUAUUCAUUUCCCCUUUUUAAUGUAAGUAGCAGGUACUCAGGGAAGGUUCUAAAGGUAACAACGGCAAAAAGUAGAUUGUACAUUUCUGUAUAGUCUACCCAUCCUUCCCCAAAGUGUGUGCCCCAAAUUGACAUCAUUUACUCUAGGAUUGGGAGCUACAGUUUCAUGGUGCUGUGGCAUGUCCUCAUCAUCUCAGCACUUCCCAGGCCGUGGAAUUAUUUGAACACAGGAAUUCGAGGUCAGCCUGAAUUAACUUAGCAAAACCUGUCUACUAAAUACCUAGCAGACAAAUUUUAUAUAUUGCUUAUAAUAUGCUAUGCCUUAGACUCAAAACAGCACCACAUAGUUGCUGCUGAGGACUUCAGAGUAUCUCAGUGUAGAACUAAAGCAGUUUCCUCCAGUGGGAUCUAACUUUGGCAUUUGCAAGCUUAACAGCAAGGUGAUUAAGUGUAUUUCAACUUUUGAUCAAAUAAACUGUCCAACUUUUGUUUUACUAUGUUGAAUGUUGGGUUCCUUUACAUAGUGUCAGAGUGUUCACACAGCCCAUGUUUAGUUGCUCAGGGAACCUCAGAUGUUUUCUCAUAAAUGGGGAGAGGGGUUGGCUGCAAAGAAAAUGGGGAAAGAGGCCCAGGUGUAGGAGUAGGAACUGAAGGAGCUCUGCCCUACUCCCCCUGUAAAGAAAUUGAACUUUGGCCAGUCUCCCCCCUCCCCCCGCUACCACAGACACAUACACACACACACCUUUACUUUGGGUUCCAACUUAAAUGUAGCUGCCUUGGAGAUGUUCUCAAACCCCCAAGUAAGUCCUAUUACCGUCCUGGUGCUCCUUUCAAAUGAUGCUUUAUGAGUUUUGAGACCGGGUUUCUUUGUGUAGCCAGGGCAGUCCUGGAACUUGCUUUGUAGACCAACCUGGCUUUGAACUCACAGAAAUCCUGCCUCUGCCUCCUGGGAUUAAAGACUUGUGCCACCACCAUCCAGCAAUAGUUACAUACCAUUUUUGUGAUUGUUUAGCUCAACUGUAUGAACUCCAGCAAGGCAAGAGAAAUGUCUGCUUCCAUUUUCAGAGCCUAGCUCAGAGCUUGGCUCCCAGGAGUCAACUUGCUGAGGGCUCAUUGGACCUCAGAGGAAGAGUGGAUGCCCAACGUGAAUGAGGCUUUGACUUCAGCCCCCAGCGCUCCAAACCCAUAGAAGUGUGGAGUGUUUUCUUCAGGGUAUGGGGAGAAUGUGGAUGGAAGGUCACUUUCUGUCCUUUGCAGAAAUACAAAAUGUUCUCCCAGCCUUUGUGUGUCCCUUUCCAUACAAGGGAAGGUCAUCUUGUCACUUGAAAGUUAUAUUAAACACAUAAUGAUUCUUUACUGA